AGUGGGUGAACAAGGGAUGGGUGCAGCAUCUGCUGAGGGCCUGCGCACUGCUCAGCCUCAUAUCUGUCAGCAUGAACACACCAAAAACAUUUCAGGCAUGCAAAGAGCUGAAAUACAUCACACUCUGCAUAGAUAUUUUCUGUGGAAUUGUCUUCACUGCAGAAAUGGGUGCCAAGAUACAUAUAAAUGGACUUAUAAAGCCAGUUAGGUCGGUCGCCACGCCAAACCUUCGACGCCAAAGCGCACACUCCCCCACACACCCACAUAGACCAACUAUGUACAUACCCAAACCCAAAGCAGAAACCCCGUACCUGAAGUCACGUUGGGGCAGAUUUGACUUCAGUAUGACUUUCUUCAUUUGGGUAUCAGUCAUUCUCCAGGUGGUGGAGAUGGCGGUGCGGGACGAGCAGGCGAUGAUCGUGACGAUGCGCACGACGUUCCUGUCAAUCCUGCGCACGCCGCGACCGCUCAUCAUGAUCCGCAUCGGCCGCAUGUUCCUCAAGUUCCAGCUGCCGGCCAACCGACUCAAGACCAUCUUCAAGCGCUCGAGUCAGCAGAUCUACAAUGUGACGCUUUUCUUCCUCUUCUUCAUGUCGCUGUACGGCAUCCUUGGAGUGCAGUUCUUCGGAGCUCUCUCCUACCACUGCGUCACGCCAGAGACGAACGAAUCGGAUGUAUCGAUUAAUGACCUCGCCAUUCCGGACACGCACUGUUCGAUCAACGGCAGUGGCUACCAGUGUCCUAAAGGCAUGGUGUGCAUGAAGCUGGAUUUGGACAAACACCAGCGAGGUUUCAACGGUUUCGACGAGUUUGCGACGAGUUUCUUCACUGUGUAUGAGGCAGCGUCACAAGAGGGCUGGGUGUUCAUGAUGUACAAGGCACAGGACAGCAUGAAUGACUUCCGAGGUCUUUUCUACUUUAUCACCCUGAUCUUCUUCCUUGCCUGGCUUGUGAAGAAUGUCUUCAUCGCUGUCAUAACCGAGACCUUCGCUGAAAUCAGAGUCCAGUUUGCACAGAUGUGGGGACCGCGGAAUGUCAUCACUAACGAUGAUACGCUACAGAUUCUCAAGGGCGACGAUAACGCGUGGAAGCUGGUGAUGAUCGACGAGAACAAGCCGCGCGGCACGGCGCCGCACUGCUGCCAGCUGCUGCUGCAGUCGUCGACUUUCCACAUUGCGAUGCUGCUGAUGGUGCUGGCGAACGCGCUCACCGCGGGCAGCCUGCGCUUCAAGCACGACGGCACCAAGCGCGAGGACUUCACGAAACACUUCUACUACGCUGAGGUGGCCUUCACCAUCCUCUUUGACCUUGAGGCGCUCUUCAAGAUCUGGUGCCUGGGCUUCAAGGGCUACUUCCGUCGCUCGCUGCACAAGUUUGAGCUGCUGCUGGCGAUCAGUACGACGUUUCACGUGCUGCCCUCGCUCUAUCACACACAGCUCACCUACUUCCAGGUGCUGCGUGUUGUGCGGCUCAUCAAGGCGUCGCCGAUGCUCGAGGAGUUUGUCUAUAAGAUCUUCGGUCCGGGCAAGAAGCUGGGAAGCCUCAUCAUAUUCACCAUGUGCCUUCUCAUCAUCACAUCGUCCAUCUCCCUGCAGCUGUUCUGCUACGUCACCGAGCUCAAGAAAUUCGACACGUUCCCCGAGGCCUUCAUGUCCAUGUUUCAAAUCCUGACGCAAGAAGGCUGGAUAGACAUCAUGAUCGAAGCGAUGACUAAGAUAGGCGAGGGUGUCGCGCCCGUCGUAGCAAUAUACUUCAUCGUCUAUCACAUGUUCAUUACUCUGAUUGUACUCAGCCUUUUCGUGGCUGUCAUCCUUGAUAACUUGGAGUUGGAUGAAGACAUAAAGAAACUCAAACAGCUGAAGAUCCGCGAGGCGCAGUCGAGCAUCAAGCAGAAGCUGCCGCUGCGUCUGCGCAUCUACGAGAAGUUCCCGAACACGCCGCAGAUCAUCAAACUCGCAAAGCUGCCGAGCGAGUUCAACACACCGAAGGUCCGCGAGAGCUUCAUGAGACAGUUUGCGGACGAGGCGUCGGACACGACGCUGCUCCUGAAGACUCUGAUGGACGAUCGCGGGGAGGAGGACCUCAUCACUUACCACAAGAUGAAGCCAUACCAGCUGCUGGUGUCGCCGGGGAAGACCCGCUUCACCUGCCAGGCCGACCAGAAGAAGAAUGCCAUCAUCUCACUGAUACGCAGCGCUAAUCGCAGGCAGCGAAUGCUAGGUGACGCAGCGAUACAGAGCGGGAUGCCGCCCGGCUUGACGUACAACCCCAAGUUUGCUCGCUUGGAUCGGCGGAGCGUGCGCGGCUCGCUGAAGGGCAAGGCAGCGUUCGAUCAUCUCAAAGAGAACGGAGACAUCAUGGGCAUGCAGUCUUCGACACAGAAGACGCAGGAUCUUGACAUUAAGAUGCUUCAGCAUAAGAAGCAGCAGGCCGAGAACAAGCGGAACCAACAAGAGGAGGAACUGAGAGAGAACCACCCUUUCUUCGACACGCCUCUCUACAUUGUCGGGCGAGAAAGCCGCUUCCGCCUUAUCUGUAAGAUUAUCGUCAACGCACGCUACAAGGCCGUGAAACGCGAUCCAUCCACCGGCAUGGAGAUCAAGAGUAAAUACAAGCAGCUGCAGCAAUCUCGCAAGAAAGGACUGAAAGAGAAUUUGAUCAUGAUCAGCCUGGUAUUUGCUUGCUGGAUGCCCGACCACGUGGAGCCAAACUCCGGAGCUCAGGUCCUCAUGAUCCUGCGCUGCCUCCGGCCGAUCCGCAUCUUCAUCCUCGUGCCGCACAUGCGCGACGUUGUCUACGUGCUCUGCCGCGGAUGCAAGGAGAUGCUGCUGGUAUCGGUGCUUCUCAUCGUGCUCAUGUUUGUGUUUGCGAGCUACGGCGUGCAGCUGCUAGGACUGCAGCUAGCGCGGUGCAAUGACGUCGACAUCACGACAAAGGAGGAGUGUGUCGGUGUGUUCAUGCGGACCGUCUCGGUAGCACAGUACAUCAAGGUCCGUAGCAACGAGACGCAGCCGAUGAUGAUGGUGCCACGCAUCUGGGCCAACCCUUACAAUUUCAACUUUGAUAAUCUUGGCAUGGCGAUGCUCACACUGUUUGAAAUGCUCACCCUCGAGGGCUGGACUGAGGUCAAGGACGCCACGAUGGCCAGAGGAAGCUUAACCGUGCUCGCGAACAUGAUUGUGCCCGUGUCGGUGUGUUGCCUCAAGUUGGCAUACGAUGUGUGCUGUGUCCAGAUGUGCUGUGUCAAGGUGUGCUGUGUCCAUGUGUGCUGUGUCAGGCAUUGUUUCUGUUUCUGUGCUGCCACCUGGAUCAGGGCUAACCCAGAAAACUUCAAUUUUGACACGCUUGGAAGUGCCAUGUUGGCGCUAUUCGAAAUUUUAUCCUUCAAGGGCUGGCUUGACAUCAGAGACGUUAUAAUACAGCGCCUCGGGCCCGUUCAUGCGAUCUACGUGCACAUCUUCGUCUUCAUUGGCUGCAUGAUCGGACUUACUCUGUUCGUCGGCGUCGUCAUCGCAAACUACAGCGAGAACAAGGGCACGGCCUGCUCACCAGUCUCGAUUCAGCCGCGGAUCGGCAAGACUUGAAGAACCGGCUGAGAUCGCGUCAGCCGCCUGCAUCUGCCGCGCGGCCGGGAGAACGCAGCGUUCCGUGCUUCAU